CUAGGGCGCUGAAUGGCUCUGUGCAGAUCUCCUGUCAGCUCAGCCGGGCUGGCGGAUAUCCUCUCGCUGCAACAUCUCUUUGUCCGCUCCGUGGCAGAGUCUCCUGUGAAACACCCCCCUCUCCACCUCCUUUGUGGCCCGAUACGGCAGCUGGGGGGUUAAUGUUUCACAGCGGCGCAGGCUAAGAGGCAGGAGUUGUAGCAAAGAGGAGGAGGAGAGCGGCAGAGGUGGGGGCUGGUCCACAGCUGUUGUAGUAGGCAGGGUCUGUUGGGGUAAGAAGCCUGCCUCACUCGCCCUGAAACAAUGGGAGACAUGGCAGCCUCUGCCGACAGCACAGACCUCCAGCCCACAUGCCCAAGGGCAGGCCUGCCGUAGAGCAGCGCAGAGGAAACCGGCUUCCUCGCCACGCUCACAAAGUGACGACACUCCACAAGGAGGGAAAGCGUCGCUCCUCUGCAGCCGGAAAGCAAAAAUGUAAGGUGGUCCCAUUUUUUCCCCCCUUCUUCUUCUUCCUGUGGUGCCUUACUCUUCAUUCUGCUGGGAGGAGAUCUGACAUUCCCUGGAUGGCUGGGAAGAAGAAGGAGCAAGAUGAAAGGGAAGACGAGAGGAGGAGAGAUUUCAGAGUGGGGGCAUGCGGUCCUUGCCGGGCUGGCGUCUGCCAAGUGCUGGUGUCCCCCGAGGGCAGGUUCCUCCGCUCUUGCUCGGUGAGGAGGCAGAGCAGCCGCCAUCCACCAAACUUCCACAGCUGAACUUUUCAACCUCUGCAGUGUUGAUGCUGGGAGGCAGAGGAGCCUGACGGAGGACCGACUUCUCCGGGAGAAACAAAGGGAGAUCCCAACCCCCAGAUGAGAACAAUGUCUGAUGAGACGGAACAGAGAACGUGUGACGUGGACUUUGGGUCGGACGAGGAGGGCGAGGAGGCAGAUGUGGAGUCUUACCUGGAGGACAACAGCAGCGAGCUGGUGGACCGGCUGAGGGAGCUGGAGGCAGAGAAUUCAGCCCUGGUUUUGGCCAAUGAGAGUCAGAGAGAAGCUUAUGAGAGAUGUUUGGAUGAGGUGGCUAACCAUGUGGUGCAGGCUCUGCUCAAUCAGAAGGAUCUGAGAGAGGAGUGCAUCAAGCUGAAAAUGCUGGUGUUUGAUCUGGAGAGACAGAACCGAGCGCUCUGCGAGCUCUUUCAGCAGAAGCUGCCCAACCACCCCACUGCCCACUACCAGGUCCAGGCGGGACCCCUCCCAGACUACAAUACACAGCCACACAAUGAAUCGGCCAAGCAGGUGGAGCCUUCGCAGACCGAAGCACAGGCCAAGGGGAACGGCUUCUGCACGCAGCACGUUUCUCCGGGCCCCCGUGCUCCCGCCGCCUCCAUGGAGGCCCUGUCUCCCUUCUUCAAGAAGAAAGCACACAUCCUGGAGGUCCUGCGCAAGAUGGAGGAGACGGACCCUCUGAAGUUCCACCCGUCCACCGCCAGCCUGUCUUUCUGCGACUACAGUCAGGUGUUGAUGUCGACAGAAGCGGUGCUGGCGACAGCGGACCCCCUCCCCCGGCCGUGCAAAUCCCACCUCACGCACUGCCGCUGCUCCUGCUCUGAGACCGACUCACACCAGCAUUUCAACGGCGACGGGGCGGUCAAGUGCGACGGGGGGAACGCGUGGUGUUCACACUGCAAACGGAGCCCGGACAGCCCCCCAAAGCCCUGCGGCCAUGUCUGUAGUCCUUCAAAAGCCAGCCAGAGCCAUGUGGUUCCUGCUGCUGCUGCUCUGGGCGAAUGUCACAGUAAGACCAGAGCGCCACAGUCUGUAGCCCCGUCCAAACCAUGCACUGCUAAUGAAGCCCACCAGCUGCUUGCAGCCGCACACUCCUCCACCUCAGAACCGCUCUGUCGGAAUAAGGAGGCAGUAAAGCCAAAGCAGGAUCUGUCAGGGAGCCGUCCAGACGUCUCUGAGGGGCUCUCUGCCUCCUCGCAAACACCUGGCUCUGGGAAGGAGAGCAUGCAAGCAACCCAUUGUGACGCGGGGACCAGCGACGGAAUUUACAACGGCACCGAAACCAGUGACCCCUCAGCCUUUUCUGAGAAGGACGGCACAGAAAUGGAGGCCUCCUCUACCAGGGCCUCUGCGUCCGUUAGCCCAAGCCCCUCCUGCCUCAGUGACGUCAAGGCAGCCGCCAUCAACUCGCCGUCCAAGCUGCUGAAGUUCCUCAAGAUUCCCUCCAUCGGGGAGAAGUCUCAGGCUCCGCCCCCAGCCGUCCGUUUGAGCCCCCAACUCACUCGCAACUCCCGGAUCCCCUGCCGAACCAACAACUACGAGGUCUACCACUCCCCAGUUCCCACACGCAAAGCUACGACCACGGAGAGGUGCAGGCAGCCCCCUACCCCGCCAGCCAGGUCCGAGUCCUAUCCCGCCACCCACUCUGCUCCGACCUCGCCGCCGCAGUCGGAAGAGGCCUGCUCCCUCCCCACUAAAGAAAUAAGCUACAGCAGCUUCUCUGCAUCUAAAGACAGCGCGGGAUCAAAGUCAGGAGCCUGCUGCUCGCCAAAAGUUCCUCAAAAAGUCCCUCAUUAUGAGAACGUGUGCGAGGUAUCCAGAGCAGAGGACACGGGCCCCGCCCACGGCAAAAGAACCACACUUCCUGCUCAGGCAAAGCCCAACGGGGCAGAGAGGAAGCUGGUCAAGUCGUUGCCAGAAAGCGUCAUGCACCCUUCUCCUCAGCGAAAACAGUCCUCCUCUUCGUCGGAGUCCACUUCGGACGAGGAAGAGGAUUCUGACAGCCCGGUGUGGGUGAACCAUCACAGUCUGCCCCCCUCGGCUGUCCUCAGCAAAGCUCAGAACAGGGCCGACUAUCCCCGGAUGAGAGAGAAGCAGGAGGCGGACAUGAGGGACGCCGGCGGUCCGAGCUCCGAGGUUACCCAGCCUGCCCCUCCCUCCAGGAGGAGUGACUGCUCCUCCAUUCCUAAAAGGCCUGCAGGUGGUGCGGCGCGGGGCCAGACCGACUCCAGUCACCACGCUUUCAAGGACAGACUGGCUGCGCUGGGGAAGCUGAGGAGCUCUGAGGAUUUACAGGCCAGCGCCAAGUCGGUGGACACGAACGAGGGCGCGUGUGCCGAGGAACGAAGCAAAGCGGUGGAGAGGCCCGCCGUGGUCCAAAGGGACGAGCAGAGGCUUUCCAAAUAUGCCGACUGUUUGGAGGGAAAAGCUAAAGGUGGCGCUGGUUUGAAGCAUCCAGCUCCGUCCCAGCUGUACGAACAGGCGCUAAAGCAGCAGUCCUGCGGUCCGGCGAAGCAGGAGCCGUGUCCAACCAAGCUAGACGUUUCCAGGAGCAAAAUCGGUUUGCUGUCCCCCAAUGCAGACGCUCCGCUGGUGCUGCGCAACAACAUGAAGUGUCCCGGCUCCCUCAACCUGCCUUAUAAUGUUAAACCCGGUGUGAGCACUCACAGCAGCAGCAGCAGCCCCAACAAAAUCCCCCAGAAGUCUCCGUCCAAGCCGUGUCAGGGCCCCUCUGUGCACAGAGGAGGGAAGCCCCCCGAGACUCCACGCUACUCCUCUAAAUCCGAGGAGAGGAUCAAGAUUGGAGGGAAAGGGAAAAAGAACCCCAUGUAUGGAGACAGCCUCCCUCCUCCUCCUCCGAGACCUCCUACGUCUGAGGGCGAGAGGUCCCCGCAGCCGGUGCCCAGCCUUCAGUCAGCCAUAGAGCAGAAGGUGAUGAAGGGCAUCGAGGAGAACGUGCUGAAGCUCCAGGAGCAGGACAGAGGAGGCCAGGGGGCGGAAGUCAAGCAGAAAACCUCCAACGGCAUCGCCAGCUGGUUCGGCCUGAAGAAGAGCAAGCUGCCCGCUCUCAGCCGCAAGGCCGACGCCGCCAAAGCCAAGGACGAGAAGAAGGAGUGGAAGAUCAACAUCCCCUCGGUGGGCAGAGACUCUGUGAAGGUCACCUCCAGGUGCAAAGAGGGCGUGGAGGGUCUGAACAUCUCCACCUUGAUGGAGAAGGCUGAAGGGCUGAGGCGGGCCCUGGAGGAGGAGAGGGCCUACGUGGAGAGGUCGGGCAGGGGCCACUCCUGCGAGGUGGUGAUGGACCAGGCCCAGGGGCAGCUGGCGGUCAUGUACAGGGGGGGCCGCUCCGACAACUUCAUGCAGCAGCUGCUGAACAGGGUGGACGGGAAGGAGGUGAUCAGCAUGCCGCAGCGCCGCCUCUCCUUUGACUGCAAGACCUCCAAAGCCGUCUUCACCCAGCAGAGCGACGUCAUCAGUCACACCAGCAGUCACAAUGACAUGGAGAAGGGAUCACAGAGAAUCGGCAAGCUGACGUCGGAUGAAAACCUGGCGGAUUCCGUUCACUCUCAGCACUUUGCAGGCUCGGGGGCUUCCACCUACACCCUGGACAGCGGCAUCGGCACCUUCCCCCUCCCGGACUGCAGCAGCAGCGGAACGGGGAGGGGCCUGUCCAAGGCGAGAGGCGGGGCCGAGCAUCACUCCACCGACUCACCGGGAAGGGCCGGGCGGCGAGCCCGCACGCUGGAUCGAGAGCCCACGCCACAGGAGGAGGGCUUCCCGCCACACAAGCAGCUGAUUCCCACCAUUCAGUACGGCUCGGCGCUGGAGGGGAGGGGCUCGGCGGGCGGCGUCCGUGAAGAUAAAGAGGUCCACGGAGCAAAUGUGUUCUCCCCCCGCUCCAAGACGUGGACUUUCCCCAACUUGAAGACCCCUUCAGGACAUGGAGAGGUUUACCUGGCAGUGGAGGAGGAAGAGGAGGAGCCGGUGUCCUACGGGUCACCGUAUCGAGGGGGCGUGAAGGCCGGCGCCCCGUCUUCCAGCCGGGUGGUGGACCCGGGCAGCCUGUCCAUCCCCGCCCAUUCGGGGGGGAGCCGCAGAGGAAAGACUCGCACCCCCAGCGUCCCCGAGAUGAACCGGGAGGCCGGCCUGGAGCUGCUCAGGGAGCGGCCGGAGGAGGCGCUGUCUCCGAGUCGCCCUCAGGUCCUGGAGACCCCGGAGUCCCUGAGCGAUUCUCUGUACGACAGCCUGUCUUCCUGCGGCAGCCAAGGAUGAUGCAGCCCGGAGCGUGGCGCGGGGGGCGUGGCCUCGGGUCGCCUCUCCUCUCCGGAAAACGUGACGAUGAGCUCGGCGCGGAGAAAAAAAGAGCCUGGAGAAGGUUUCCUGGGCUUGUUGCAACUGGAAAGACGGAUCGAUCUCCUCUUCUCAGGAUUUCCAACAAAAACAAGAAGCCAAAAGCCACCAAAUAAAAUAGGUUCUUCACUUUUUCACAGAUGUUGGACUCUGGGAUUCAUGUCGACUCUCAAAACGCAUGGCGAGUUAUGGAUCAGCACAAGAGGUCGACGCCCACGCUCAGAACUGUUUUUGGUUUUCUCUUUCUGGUAGGAAAAUCUCUGUUCGUGCAUCAAGGAAGCUGUGACCAGUAAAGUAGAUGAAGUGCUGUUCUGCAUCCAUACCUCCAUCCCCUUCUGCUAUCAUUUCACCAUUGUAAUGUCUUGGAGAGAGAAAAAAAAAAAAAAAGAGGGCCUAGAUAUAAGAAAAACACCCUUCAUAUCUGUGAUUCUUCAUUAAACUCGUGCAACACAAUGUUCAGUGUAAAAUCAGACCGUUCCUGAAACAUAAUGCAUCUAAAAAGGUAAUAUAUGCCAGCAAUAAUAACAUAGAGAGAAAUGUCUACGCUGAUUGAUAUGUAUUUCUGUUAUUUAUUUAUUUUGAAUGUAUAUCAUCGUUUGCCACGGUCUGGUUUGGUUCAUCUCCUCUGUGGAAACUGCAGUUCAGUCGGGUUCAUAUCUCGGUCAUUUUUUGUUAGCAGAUAGAGAACUGAUGUACGUACUGCCGUUUUUCAACUUUCUAAUUAAAAGGUUUUCAUUUAAAUAUCUGA